AUGGGUAUCUCUCAUUGCACGUCCUUCGCCUACAGACUUUACCCAAAACAGGAUUCCACUCUGAAUGAGAGUUUUGCAGAGGAACUUUACCUCACAUGCCCGUCUUCUACCACUGUCAACACCACUAAUCUGGACAUUCGCACUCCAAACUUGUUCGACAACAAGUACUACGUGAAUCUAGAGAAUGGUGAAGUAUUGUUUGCAUUUGAUGAGAGCCUCUCCACUGAUUCCCGCAGUAGUGAAAUAGUUGCAAGCUUUGCAACAAAUGAGACUCUCUUCUUCGAAAGAUUUGUGGCUGCCAUGGUAAAGAUGGUUCAGCUUGAUGAUGCUGUGGCUGGGGAAUGUCCAUUUUGUGGGGAGUUGAUGAUAAAGGAGGUCUCCUUGCGUUCUAUUAUGCCCGAGGAAAUAGAGCAUGUAAUGUCAUCAUUACUGUUUGCUGUUUUAUGGAACACAGACUUGCUUUUCAUUAGUCUAAGUCAUGACUCAUCAUCGACUGGUUUCAUAGAUUGCUAUAAUGGGCAUCAAUAA